GCCUAAUCCGUAUAACUGGGCCUUGUAACAGAACCUCUCGCUCUCAGAACACGAGAAAAUGGAGAAUUUCAGUUUGUGACCGUCACAACGUAACAACCUCUCUCCCUCUUCCUCCUCCUUGCCCUCGAUUCCUCCGAUGGACACACCGUCGUCGUCGAAUUCGAAGGCACUCGCCGAUUCCGGCGAAGAACGAAACUGGCUCGACCUUCCACGUGACGUGGCGUCCACCAUUUUCCUGAAGCUCGGCGCGAUCGAGAUCCUGACCACCGUUCAGCGUGUUUGCUCCGUGUGGCGCAACAUCACCAAGGACCCUACCAUGUGGCGCACCAUCGACAUGCAUAAUUUGGGGGAUUCUCGCUACAAUUUAGACACCAUCUGCCGCCGCGCUAUCGACUACAGCUCCGGCCACUUGCUCGAUAUCAACAUCGAGUAUUUCGGUACCGAUGAUCUCCUUGACUAUAUCACUGAUUCGACAAGUCAUCUACGACGCCUACGUCUUGCAUGUUGUUAUAGCAUAUCAGAUGAAGGAUUAAGUGAAAUUGCAAAAAAGUUUCCUCAGCUGGAGGAACUUGAUAUAUCAAUCAGCAGCUUGUCCAAAGAGCCGCUAGAAGUUAUUGGCCGAAGUUGCCCUCGCUUGAAAACCUUGAAAUUCAACAUGGAAGGGUAUAGACGUCCACACAUAGAGAGUGAUGAGGAGGCAUUUGCUGUUGCAGAAACCAUGCCUGAGUUACGCCAUCUCCAGCUUUUCGGAAACAAGCUGACUAAUGAUGGCUUGCUUGCCAUUCUUGAUGGCUGUCCUCACCUUGAAACUCUCGACUUACGACAAUGUUUCAAUGUUAAUCUCGCAGGAAGUUUGGGGAAGAGAUGUGCUGAACAGAUCAAAGAUUUACGGCUUCCGAAUGAUCCUGCUGAUGACUACCCAUUUGAAGCUGAAAUCGAUUAUGGAUCACUUGAUGAAGACUACCCAUCUGGGUUCUCAGACAUAGCUUUCUUGUCUGAUGACGAUUAUGACUAUUAUGGAUUCUCAGGUGGGAGUGAACUUUCUGAUUAUGAUUAUGAUUAUGAUGAGUAUUAUGCCUUUUGACAAAUUUGAAAUAUUUCAGCACUCGGAAAAUGUGUGCUGUGAUUAGUGAAUAUUAUAGUUGCUGUCUUUGUUUUUUAUCUCUGUAACAUUGGGAUCAAAAGAAAGCCAGGAAACUCCCAUGCAUUUGAUUAAAGUAUCUACGCCUUCUAAAGACACUCAAUGUAGUGAUGCUGUUUUAAUGAAUUUAUUAGGUGGAGUCAGCCUAACCGUCUUUUAUACGGGCAGAAGCUGAUAAUCAUCUGCAAGACUGCAGCCUUGGUCAAGUGCAGUCAUUGUUUACAACUUGUAUUUAUCUUAUAUAUGUGAGAAGCAACUUCUCUGGCUUUAUUGUAGCAAAUCUAUGAUUCUUAACUUUGGUUUU